AUGUCAACCUCAACAUGGGUUCCGCCAUCGCCUCCCGAUCCGGAAACUCUCAAGAACCCCCCGCCAUUUGACCCUUUUCCAUUCAUUCAUGUCCGCACUGGAAAAGUCAAGAAGUCACUUGCCGGUGGCAAGAUCGUAUCAGCAAUCUACAAGAACGCUCUAGCGGGACCACAAGAGAUCUGCAAGACCGGUAUUCCAACAGACGAACAUGCAUUCCAUAUGCACGGCGGCGAAGACAAGGCACUGCUCCACUACUGCUCAGCGCACUACGACGAGUGGAAGAAGGAACUACCAGCUUCUGAACACCACUUCAAGGGUGGCGCCUUUGGUGAGAACCUGUUCAAUCAUGAGGUCGGCGAGAAGAAUAUUUGUAUUGGCGAUCGCCUUGCCAUCGGAGAGAUCAUCGUUGAAGUCAGCGAGCCUAGGCAGCCAUGCUUCAAGCUCAACCACCGGUUUGAAGUCAAGAAUAUGGCUAAGCGCGUCCAGACGCUUAUGCGAACUGGCUGGAUGUACCGUAUCAUCAAGACAGGCACGGUCAACCCCGGUGACAUGAUCUCGCUGUUGGAGCGCCCACAUCCUAAAUGGACAGUGGCACGCGUAAUGUACUACCUCUUCAUUGAGUUGGACAACUUCGAGAUGAUGAAGCACAUUGUCGAGAUCCCACAACUCGGCUUUGAUGUCAAGGACAAGUUCAAGGCUCGGCUCAACAAGGGCACCAUCGAGGAUCAGCUAGGUAGGAUGAAUGGCCCCGAGGGUGCCAAGAUGGACACAUGGAAUGAGUAUUGUCUUGUUGAGAAACGCAAGGAGACGGGCACUGUCACAGCCUUUGUCUUUGAAACCAUAGAAGACAUUGUCGACCCCUCUCCUGUCGAGCCUGGCAGCCAUGUGCGAUUGAAGCUCGGCGGCAAACUCGUCCGCGCCUACUCCGUUGUGGGCGGGACAUCAAAGCGCUUUGAGCUCGGUAUCGCACUUGACCCAUCCAGCCGUGGCGGCUCAAAAUACAUGCACGAGAACACUGCAGUCGGCGAUGUGUUGACCGUCGGACGCAUCACCGCGAGCUUUCCCCUCGCCAAACUCGCAGACAAGCACAUCAUCAUCGCAGGCGGUAUCGGUAUCACAGCGUUCCUAGUCGCACUCAAGUUCCUCCAGGACGCAGACCAGAUCUAUCAGCUCCACUACGCCGUCUCAGAGGAAGUGCCAUUCGCAUCUCAAAUCGCCGCUCUUGGAUCAAAAGCCAAGAUUUACAACAAAUCCAAGGGCCAGCGUCUCGACAUCUCCGCUAUCCUCGCUAAAGCCGAUCAUCAGACUCAUAUCUACACUUGCGGCCCUACACGUCUCAUGGAUGCUGUUGUUGACACGGCGAAGAGCUACGGUAUCCCUGAGUCUUGUGUUCACAUUGAGGCUUUCACUGUGAAUACAUCCGGCGACCCGUUCACGGUUGAGCUCAAGCAGAGCAAAAAAAAGGUUGAAGUGGGCCCGGCGCAGAGCUUGUUGGAUGCGCUGCAGGCUGUGGGUAUGGACGUUGAUAGCUCCUGUGAGGUUGGUAACUGUGGUACGUGCAAGGUGGAUGUCUGUUCCGGGCGUGUCGAACAUCGCGGUACGGGCUUGUUGGAUAAUGAAAAAGAGGAGAGCAUGUUGAGCUGUGUUAGUAGGGGUGUGGGUACCAUUGUCUUGGACUUGUAG